AAGAAAUGGACGCAGAUGAUUUUACUGGAAGAGGCUGGACCUCAGGAGACCGAUACAGAACGGCUUCCGGCAGGAUGGGCCAACAACAAGGAGCUAUACACCCUGCGCUACAGACAUGGGAGGUCACAGAUCCUACUCAAAGCACUGACUGUGGAGGGCACCCUCAUCGUCAAUGCCAUGGAGCUUCAGUCUGAGAAGGUUUCUGAUAUCACCCUGAACAUUGAAGAAUUCAUAGACAGUGCCCACCUCCAGCAGUACCACAGCGUCUACAAAAACCCGGUGGAGUUGAAGCGCCAGUUAGAAGCGAAGCUUUUGUCAAGUUUACUUUACUCUAAGAAGGAGAAUGUGAGAUCUGAGAGGGUGCGGGAGAGGCCUGCAGAAGACGACCCCCUUAGAGUUCCCACCAGGGCUCCAACAUCACAUCACCCUCCCUGGACUGACCCUUCUGGCCACAUUCCAUAUGGUGCAGCAGACCUAGACCCUCUCGGGGGGCGUUCUGGUGGUAUGAUCAUGGACCCUUUUCAUGCUAGCCGUACCAGACCCAGGCCUGAUCCCUUAGGUGGCCUUCCUCCUGGAGCAGUGCCCCCUGGUGCACGUUUUGAUCCCUUUGGCCCAAUUGGUUCUGGCCGUACUGGGCCUGAUCCUGAUCAUCUUCCACCCCCAGGAUAUGACGACAUGUUCAUGUGAUGCACCAUGGUGGUCGAUAAGUAGUUCCUGCACUUCUACGUUCUCCCGAGUUAUUCGGUGGUUUGGGCCAAUAUAAGUAUUACAGGGAUCCGCUGCUUUCUGCUUUCUAAGUGCAUUAAAACUGGACCUGCAGACAUCA